GUCGUCAGGCUUUUCUUUUUCCUCCUGCUCCUCCUUAUGGCCUAAAGAAUCUUCCGCUCCGCUGCCAAAGGAGGCCAAAAGGAAGACAGAGGAAAAAAUUAUUAAUUCAGCCAUGUUCAAUUGAAAAGCUUGCACCUUGUUCUAGAGAAAAUCCUGUUUCAAAAAUGGAAACUGUUUUCGAAGCGACUCCUGAGGAGAGGAAAGAAAACACCAUAUCUUUGAUGCAUGAGGAGUUCAGGAAUGUCAGUGAAACUUCUACUGAUAAACCUGGGAUUCCAUUGGCUCCUUCCAUCAAGAAUUCCAAACCUGGAGUCAUUUUUGUCCUUGAAAAGGCUUCGCUGGUGCCAGCUUAUGUUUGGACGACAUACGAGAUACUGAAUCCAGACAAGCAUGCUGAUUUUAUGCGCAAGAAAAACAUGAAUCCUUAUAAUUAUAGACCUGACAUUAUCCAUGAGGUUCUUGUUGAUAUAUUGGGUAGCCGGCUUAAUAUGGCAGUUUGAUUCUAUUAGUCUCCAUCCACAUUAGAUAAGCAUUCACCCUUGUGUGUUGGCACCUUCACCGUUCACGUACUACAGCCCAGUUGUUGCAGAAGUUUAGUAUCAAAGCAAGAGGUAAAGGUGAAAAACUAAUGAGAUUGAUUGAGAAUCCUUUGGACAAGCAUUUGCCACUGAACUCCCUUAAAAUAGGGCUUUCCUUCAGCUCAUCCAAGGCUGUCAAUUUGAGGGAUUAUGUUACUACCAUCAGCAACGAUUGUACUCUAGUAUUCAUAGUUUGGUCACUCUCCACAGAUUAAUUAAGCGAUCUUUCCUUUAUGUUUAGCCUCAUCUUUUCAGUAAAUGAGACCUUGAUUAUUGAAUUAUCCCAUCAGAUUGACGCCAUGGCUCAUGGGAAGAUCGAUACUGAACAUACUGAUGAUCUCAUAUCAGUUUCCUCACUUCCAUUAAGUGCUCGUGUUUGUGUGAGACAUGUAUGCUGCGAAUUGGAGAGGCAAUGGGAAAUUCUAUGAUUCGAGGUGUAAUUAUUACCAAUGUACAGCUUGCUCCAAGAAUUAUUCAGCGUAGUGCUGCUUAUCAAAAACCCACGACUCUAACUUGUCCAAAUUAACAUGAAUAUUAGUUUUCACCUUUCACGUUGUAAAGCUAAGAAUUAGUCUUCAACUAUCAUUCUGUAAAAGUUCUGAGGUUCAUCCAGAAUAUCGAUCUUGUUGAUUGAGCAUUCUGAUCUGCA